GAAUAGCUUUGAUCCAAUCUUUCUUUUCUUCUCACGUUUGUUAUAAAUAGACAAUAGUUCUAAAGAUAACCCAGCAGCAAGCACAAGGACAAAACGAUGAAACGCGCACUCUGACGUCACAUGGGUUGCCGUUCUGACCGCUCUGCGAAAGACCCAUGAAUCAAUCAUUUGCAAUUUCCCGCCGCCGCCACGAAGUUGCAGGACGGCUCGCGCUCGAGCUGUCAAUCAUUCUCUCGCUGACAGCCACAUCGUCGAACCGAGCGCGCGACCUGUCAGUCAAUCGAAAGCAGCGAGCGAAGCGAAAAACCUGAGGCGAAAUGCCGCUGCCAUUCACGAUGCUGGAUAUCGACGCGGCAGCUACGCAACUUGACAGGUGAGGAAAAUAUCACCGUACACGUUUAAACGUUUAUGGGAAAAGAAAAACUAUGGAUAAACGCGACAAGAAAGCGAAAGUGGAUUCGGAGACAUCCGCCAAGCACACGGAUAAAUUCACGGGAAAGUCGUUCCGGAGGAAAUCGUUCAGAUCGGUCGAAAGUUUGGUGAACCGGAUUCUGAAAAGUUUCGGGAGCUGGACCGGCGGCAGAGAAACAACCGGACGGUCGGAGGCUGAAGAUGACGACGGCGGGUUUGGGUUAAGCGCACCUUGCGGCGGAAACCCCGUACAGAUGAAGAGGGACGACGGCUGCCCGGUGAGGAAAAGUUCCUCGCUUCCCGGGCACUUCUCUGCGCAAGAGCGACUCUUUUCGCUUUACGGAGAUAAAACGCCCGGUGUGUUAGGUCUGAAGAAUCACGGGAACACCUGCUUUAUGAACGCCGUCGUGCAGUGCUUGAGCAACACAGAUCUGCUCGCGGAACAUUUGGGCUUGGAUCGAUAUAAACUGGAUCAGAGGGAAUUGAACGGGUUGGUACGGAAUGAUCAUGAUCGGGAAGUUACGGAACAGCUCGCGGCUCUGGUCAGGGCGCUUUGGACUUUGCAAUACACGCCUCAGCUCUCUGCUGAGUUUAAGGGGAUUGUAUCAAAAUAUGGAUCACAGUUCCGGGGAAAUUCCCAGCAUGAUGCUCUAGAAUUCCUGCUCUGGCUUCUAGAUCGCCUUAAUGAGGACUUCAACUCGUCUUCCACCUUCCUGAGCGGGAAUAACAAAAGCAAAUCCAGUGAAAAGAGUCAAGAAGAUGAGCUCGACUGUGAUGCUCUAAACCCAGCCACGGCUGAGCCUGGUGUUCGUCACAGUUUCGUACAGGAACAUUUCCAAGCCCAGUACAAGUCGUCUCUCACCUGCCCGCACUGUCUUAAGCAGAGCAACACGUUUGAUCCAUUUCUCUGUAUUUCCCUGCCGAUUCCUCUAAGACAGACAAGGCCACUUUAUGUGACUUUGGUCUUCAGUAAUAAAGGGCAGAGAUAUUUGCGAGUGGGGCUUGCUGUGCCUCUCUUUGGUCCUGUGGCGUGUUUGCGCAAGAUGGUGGCAGAUGAAGGGAAAAUCUCUCCUGACCAGGUCAUAUUGACAGAAGUCUACACAACAGGCUUCCAGCGUUCAUUCUUUGACGAUGAAGAUCUGACCAGCAUAGCAGAAAGUGAUGUCAUCUAUGCCUUCCAAGCUCCGCCCCUUUUCAUCAGGGGAGGGUCUACACGAAUCUCAGGGUACCAUCACAGUCUUCCAUCAUCCCCGUUCAUCUCCUCCGCACAGGAAAGUCAGAGACUGGCUGCGUCUGGAGCGUUGUCCUCAGAGUUUUUGAACCAGACAGAUGGGAUGGUGAAGAUCUUGCUGCUGGUGUGCAACACAGCCGGAGCAGGACAGCAGGCAGUGAGAUUUGGUCCACCAUUUCUGAUGAGAGAGGACCGGUCUGUGUCCUGGGAGCAGCUACAGCAGGGCAUCCUUAGUAAACUUUAUUAUCUCAUGAUCAAUGGAUCACAAGCACAGAAUUUCAGGAUGUUGUUCAAGAUCCGCGUUGUUGGGGGAUCUGCUUCUUAUUACCUGAAUCCUCAAGAUGGACGGCCACUUUUCCACCCUGCAGUGGACAGAGCUUUGAAGCUUUGUGCCUCAGGUGGAGCUCCACAUGUCAAGCUUGUAGUGGAGUGGGAACACCGAAUCAAAGACUGUCUGUUUGGUAAUAUCCAUGAGGAGGUGGUGAAGGACUCUGAAAGCGUUCGAGCUCAACAGCAACAUCACGUUCAGCAACACAGCUGCACGCUGGACGAGUGUUUCGAGCUGUACACCAAAGAAGAACAAUUGGCUCCUGACGAUGCCUGGAAGUGCCCUCAUUGUAAGCAGCUACAGCAGGGCAUGGUGCAGAUGGGACUGUGGACGCUACCCGACAUCCUCAUCCUUCACCUCAAGCGCUUCCGACAAGUGGGAGAGCGCCGCAACAAGCUCUCCACACAAGUGAACUUCCCCCUCAUGGGUCUCGAUAUGGGUCGGCAUGUGGUCAAGAGGAGUACAAGCACCCGACUGCCAUCUGGCUCCAAACAGGCCUAUCACGGGGGGGAGGCAAGCAGACGAUCGUCGGGCUUUUUGUACGAUCUGUAUGCGGUCUGUAACCAUCACGGAGGCAUGCACGGAGGUCACUACACAGCUUACUGCAGGAAUUCAGUGGACGGGCAGUGGUACUCUUAUGAUGACAGCACCGUUGAACCUGUGCCUGAGGGUGAAGUGUGCACCCGCACAGCUUACAUCCUCUUUUACCAGAGACGUGAUGCCAUCCCACCCUGGUCAGCUAGCUGCUCCCUGCAAGGCUCCAUCAGCUCCUCUACAUCAGAUCACUGGCUCAUCCGUCUGACUGAGGACAAUCUGACUUCUAGUCCAGCUGGAAAACUGACCAACUCAUCUUCACUACCUGAGCCCCAAACCCCACACGUUCCUGUCAUCCAUGAGACCCCUAAAAAAGUCAAGGAUGGAAAUGAGUCAUCUGCAUUUGUAAGAGCCCCUCGUGGCCACAGCAUGAGUUUGCGUUACAGCUCCAAAUCCAAAACCAGCAAAUUUCUUCCACUCCGCUGGUCGUUUGGUUCCAAGGACCGUCGAAAACCAUCGAACGUUCCACCACAAACGGAAACCGACGAGCUGGUGGAGUACCUCGAGUCUGGCCGACGUCCUCGUUGCACCAAGGAACCCAUAGUUAGCAUCGUGGCUAGUCCUUCACAGGCCAAAGCUCAGCUUCGUGAAGACACUCUUAGAUCACCCGGUGGCAGCAGUGCUCCCAACGGUGUGGAGCGAAGUAGCUAUAAAGGUCCGGGUUCACCUAGAUUGCCUGAAGGUCAAAGGAGACCAACUACAGACUCCAGCAAUGAUGCUAAGAAAGCUAGUAGCUCAUCGGCCAAGAAAAGUUCGAAAACAUCCAAGAAAGAGCAAGAAAGUUCUCAGGUUAGCAAAACGCUUCAGGGUUCCCCUACUGGGCUUCCCAAUGGGACCGGUUCAGCAGCGAAAGAAUCAUCUCAUUCCAGAGACUCCACAAUGAAGAAACAUCGAAGCCAAGCAGCUUCAGCUAACAGGACUCAGGCCAGCCAAGCACAAGUGGCUGCUGGGAAGAGUGAGGAAAGCAGAUGUAAAGAUGGUGCAACGCAUACAGCUGCCCAGUUGCAGCAUGGGAGGUCGAAGGAUGCCCAUGUGAAAACACCCUCUAAUAAGAACUCAACUAAAAUCUCUCAAUCCAAUGGCACUCUGAACGGCAAAGGGAUCGAGGUUAAGAAAACCAGUACGGGCCACAGAAGCACCAGUAAACCCAGAGAAAGCCAGGGUUCGUGGAGCACGGCCGAUAUGAAACGCGCCCACAGCUCAUCUAAUAUUCAGAGCAGGCACGAUAUGACUUUGAAAAGGACGCUGUCUCUCCAAAGAAACGGUCCGUUGGUGCCACUUCACAGAGAGCUUGCGGCUGAUAAACCGUCCUAUGCAACACUUAAUAGAUUGAGAUAUAGCAGCACAUCACUUGGCAGACAAAGACCUGUACCUGAAUCAUGUUUCUGAUGGUUCACUUAACGCUGUUGGAUGUGAUUUGUGAAUAUGUGCCAUCUCUGAUAUCACAUUUGCAUCUUUAUAUCCUAGAGGACUUUUUUGUGAACAAAAUGUUUAAUAUUGUUUGACUAUCCUGAUCAAUCUCAAGAUGUUACUUAUGUAAAAUAAAAACCCUGGGUUAAAAUUCUUAUUUGCAUAGGAAGUUAAUAACAUUGCACAAAUACGAGACCACAAUUGAGUGUGCAUAUUUGAUAUGAAUAUUUAAUAAAGUAAACACUGAGUCAUUGUUUGAUUGGUUGUCUGUUGCUUUAAGCAACAAUGUAGCAUUGCAAUGUUUCAGCAUUGUUCAAAAGAAAAUGCUGUGCUGACUCUGCUUUGGAGAAUGAUUUUAUUACUCCGAGUUUAAUGUAGUGCUUCCUUUGAGAAUUAGGUUGAAAAGACCUUUAACCCAGGGUUAAGUGUUGUGUGAAAGUCUAUUAAAUACCUAAGGCUACGUUUACAUGACAAUGAUGUGGUAAAAAAAAACGAAAAGUUCUUCCUUUGCGUUUUUGAAACUGCGUGCCAGACCAGUAGAUGGCAACUUUAUUUCGUUGGAAGAAACACAUUCUUCUACAGAGCAAUAAAUAUAAACAAUCAAGACAGAAAAAGCAUUGAGCACAAAAUUUUGUACAUUUGUCAAAAUGUUAAUAAACUCGGCACUAAGGGGGUGUGCACACCAAAGCUUUUAAACAUGGCUGAAAACGCCUGGAGGACGCUGAAUGCCAGCAGUUUUUUCAGCCAGCUUGCUGUGAUACUGUUGUACGAUGCGCCGGUUGGUUGUUGUGAUAUUUGUCCCACCCCUCCUCCACUGUGAUUGGACGGCUGUGUGAGAGCUGACAUUGACGAGCUGAGCUUUUCACCCAAAGUUGAAUAUUUUUCCACGCUGAAAGCCAGCACUCGACGGUUAGUCCGCGUUCAGCGCAGAGCGCCGGCUUUCAGCGCAAAAAAAGGCUAGCUGUUGGCUUUUUUGAAAAACGCAGAGCUUCCACUGGAAACAAUUGAAAACAUACGCCGGCCGAGGGUAUAAAAGCUUUGGUGUUCUAACCUAAAUAUGCGUUCACAACAGACGCGGUAGAGGCGGCAAAAACGCGCUAUUCUCACAUAGUUGGACGCUUUAACAUUUUGAGUUAAAUUCUAGUCAUUCGAGACAUUCACACUCCACUCGCUUCCUGUAAUCAUGUCACGAGCAAGCUCCUGAUUAACGCGGCGCGAAUAUUCCGAUUUUUCAACUCGUGCAUUUCCCGCGGCAACGCUUAAUUCACGCCGCGCCAUUCAUGUGUACCGCAAAGCAGAAUCCCUAUUCGCGUGUUUGCAUUGACUUAACAUGUAAAUCACUCGCACUUGUCGCCUCUUCCGCGUCUGGUGUGAACGCAAGGUACAGUAACACAGUCCUGUAGGCCGCCAUUCUAGCAUCGAAAUUUUGGGCCGAAACAAUACCGAAAAAUCUGGAUCCUCUUGGUCAAAAACUGAAAUGGAAAACUUAUAUAUUUUGAAAAAGUUUGGGUAUAGUUGUAUUAAUAUUAGACUUUUUAAUUUUUUGUAAUUUUUUUACUAUGUGGAGACACAUUAAAACCCAAUAAUGACAAUUUCGGCUGGUUGUUUUGGUUUUACACCUACAGACUGUAUUAAAACAUGCACAUAACACCACCGUUAUCACAAACUCACAUUUUUGUAGUUUACACAGAAAUGACAGGCAAUGACGUCAUUAUCAAAAACGUCAUUAUUAAAAAACGUCAUUAUUCGAAAAUUUUCAUUUCAGGAGCCUAAAAAAACGACAUUGUUGUGUAAACGAAUAGCCAAAAGUGUCAUUGAAAACGUUGCAUUGCAAAAAGUGACUUUUUUACUUAGUAUUUUUGUCUUGUUUUUAGUACAAAUAUCUAAAAAUUUGUAAAUCAAAAUGCAUUUUCUUGAUGAGCAAAAUGCCCUAAGAAAGUAAGUCUCGUUUUUAGACAAAAAAUAGCAAAUAUAAGUGAAUUUGUGCUUAUAACAACCAAACUAACCUGCUUACCCCAUUGGUAGAUUUUUUGCUUGUUUUAAACCCAAAUUCACUUAAAGGUAUAGCGGAGGAUAUUCACGAAUUUUAGAAAAGAACUGCCUUCUCCCCUUUUUUAAAAAAUGCAAUUGCACAACACUCUUAAUUGACAACUAGGAGGACCAAUAGUCUUGAUGAUCCACCCGGAAAUAGAAAAUCCUCCGCAAUACCUUUAAAUUUGAUAUUUUUUUCUCUUAAAACUAAAUGUAUUUUCUUAGAUAAUUUGCUCAUCAAGAAAAUGCAUCUUGAUUUAAGUAUUUUUAGAUAUUUUACUUAAAACAAGGCAAAAAUACCAAGGAAGAAAGUUACUUUGUGUGUGAAAUACACUGCAAAAAAAUUAUUUUCAAGAAAAAAAAUCGUAUUUUUGUCUUGUUUUCAGUAAAAAUAUCUAAAAAAAUCUUAAAUAAAGAUGCUUUUUCUUGAUGAGCAAAACGACCCUAGAAAAUAAGUUUAGAUUUUAUACCCAAAAUAUCAAAUUUAAGUGAUUUUGUUCAUAAAACAAGCAAAAAAAUCUGCCAGUGGGGUAAAAAAAUAUAUAUUUUUUUAUUAAACACUAAAUUCAAGAUUUUUUUUUCCUGUUUCAUGCACAAAAUCACUUAAAUGUGAUAUUUUUGUUCUAGAAACUAUACUUAUUUUCUUGUGUCCUUUUGCUCAUCAAGAAAAAGCAUCUUAAUUUAAGAUUUUUUUUUAGAUAUUUUUACUGAAAACAAGACAAAAAUACUAAAAACAUUUUUUCUUGAAAAUAAUUUUUUGCAGUGUAGGCCCCUAUAAAACCCUGUUUAAAAUCUUCAGUUAUAUCUGCACUUGUGUAAAGGGUGCAAGCCAGAUUACCUGAUGCACAUUAAUAAUAUUAUAGGAUCUGUCCAUCUAAUGAAAGAUGCAAUUGUAUAUUUAUGCAUUUACUGUAAAAGUGCCUUUUUCUAACCGGUGAAUGAUGAUGUAACAGUUUCAGUUUUUUUCACAUGAAUAUACAUGCGCACACUUUACCACAGACCAAACAAAUUCAUUUGGCAUAGAUACAGAUUGACACACGAAACACAGAGACUCAAUUAUACAAGUCACUCAUAAUAUCCAAAAUGUUGGGUUGAAAAAACACUUGACAUUGCACACCACUCGUCACAUUCUCCUCUUUUUAAUGAACUUGAUUGUUUUUAGGCAGGACUAUGCAAAUACAAGACAGUGCAUGUAUGUAUAUCAUUGUUAUUAAGACAUAAGCCGGUCACGGAGUCCUGAUGCACACAUUUUUUCUCGCAUUUUGCUCAAACCUGAUUGAGUGAUGCUGAAAAUAUGCAUUUUCCAUUUACUCCACGCCUGUACUUCGGAACGUUUGAGGAAUGUUAAUGAUGUUUUUAUUUUGAUACAGUGACAGUGGGUGGUGACUGAGGAUUUCAGUUGUUAACAUUCAGCCUAACGUUUCAUGCAAGGGGUUCAGAGUAAGGGUGAGUGAAUGAUGCCAGAAAGUGUAGAUUUACGACAAAUUGAAGAGGAAAUGGAAAUCCGUUGAGGCAUAAAAAGGAAAUGUUCUUAGCAAUAACAAGCAAAGCAAAUAAAAUAUCACUUUUUUGCACUCUUGUAUGAUUUGAGUUAACUCAACUCAACCAUUUAUACACGAUGACGUGUAUCAGUUUACCACACGUAUUCCUGUUGUUUACACGUCCCAUUGCUUUCGAUUGGUUUUAAAUUGGAUAUUAGACACUCACACGCACCUGCUGUCUGAUUAUAUACUUAUGCUCAUGCAUUUAGGCGAACAAUGAAUUUGAAUCAUUUAUGACAUGAAUCAUAAUAUGCGGUAAAUUUAACCUGUCAGAUGAUAGAGCAAUGAAAUUACUAUGAGUUAGAGGCCUGGGGUUGCGUUCUUUACGCCAGUAAGCAAUCAUUUAUCAACCCAAAGCAUUGCCAUAGAAACUGCAUAGCAACGCUCCUUAGCAACAUGGUGAUGUGAGUAACAUCAGUAGCAUGCUGAGGACUAACAAUCAAAGUUAUCUUUUGUUAAUCAAUGUUUGUGAUUAAACAUAUAACCCCAAUUGUGCAAAAUAAUAUUUUACCCACGUUACACACACACACAACCCUGUUUAAAUACAGUGUGCCACCUUAAGAGAAAUUGUGUUUAUUCAUGCCUAUGUCUGUUUAUUUAUUUGUAUGAAAGUUGUUUGGCUAUAAUUGGAGUCAGUGGCGCGUGACAUAAGAUUUGGCUUGCGUAUUCUUACUCAAGUCUGUUACAGCAUUUACAUGUGGAAAAGUUCAUUACGUGAUCAGCCGGAUGUGCUGCUUAACCUCCGCCUGCAGUCUCUAAGUGAUGAGCAAUAUCACAGUUCAAUCUCAAUAUGAUAAUUUGACCACUUUUGACCUGAAACUAAAGCCUCCGUGCUUAUGCUAGCCUGCCACUUAUUCGAAGAGCUUACGUGGUUAUGUAAUACCUCAAAAAGCAUGAAAAUGUUGGAUAACAGUGAGUUUAUGGCUGACUGAGGAAGAUUAAAAAUAAAUAUUUUGCACCUAUAAGAUUUUUGUAUAAGGUGCCUGUGCACAUUUUUAAACUUUGAAUUAAUAUAAGUUGACUGUGUUGUGCGUUAUUAAUCAUGCUGAGAUGCUCCAGUAGCUAAAUGUUGGGUGCAUACAAUAACAUUGUGAUUUAUAUAACAGAUUGUAUGUGACGUUAUUUUUGGUACAGGAGAUUAAAACAGUGUCGCAAUA